AUGUCUUUUGCCAUGUGUCCGCGGUCGAGCGGGCUGGCUUCGACUCGCUGCCCCAAGGGGCCACCGUCACGUGUGAGAUCGUGCAGGGGCAGAAAGGCCCGCAGGUCUCGCAAAUCCUUGACGUCGAUACCUCGACCGCGACCGUCAUGCCGCCGCGAGGAGACCGCCCGCGCCGCCCCGGCCCCGGCCCCGGCCCCGGCGGCUUCCAGAGCCGGCGCUAUGACGAGCCGACGGGCCCGACCGAGGAAGUCGAGGGCACGGUCAAGUUCUAUAACGUGGGCAAGAGCUACGGCUUCGUCACGCCGGACAGCGGCGGGCAGGACGUGUUCAUCCAUGCCAAGGUGCUGGCCCGUUCCAGCAUCGACGAUCUGGAGCCUCAGCAGCGCGUGCGGCUGA